AUGAGUAUCCAACACCAGUUUCCUGAUGUGCACUGGGUCUGGAAAGGAGGCAUCUCCUUUGUCUAUGAGGUCCAUCCUCGUAUCGUGGUCAAGGUGCCAAAGCCUGGAGAAUUCGAAGGCGAACAAUUUCGGAAAGAACUCAGAAUCUAUGAGAUCUUUUCGCAGCAUCCGUCCUGCCCUUCAAUAGUGCAGUGCUUCCUCUAUGCAGACAACGGCAUUUUCCUCGAGUAUAUGCGAGAUAUAUCCCUUUGCUCUAGAAUACAAGACAAUCAUAUCCGAGAUCAGCAAACUAUGGUUGUUACUAAAGUAGAAAUGCUUGAACCUCUCUCUCUUCGAAAAAUAUGGAUAAACGACCUCGCUCAAGCCGUCGCUUUCCUCGAAUCGCUCAACCUCGCCCAUGGCGACCUUCGACCCGAAAAUAUCUUGCUUGAUCGCAAUCGAUUGAAAUUAUCUGAUUUCGAUUGUACUGCGGAAAUCGGGACAGACUUCGAAGCUUGCAUGGCCCCAUAUGGAAGACUACUUAAUAGCAAUGAGCCGGACCAAGGACGGCGUGGAACUGCUGGCUUCUUAGGUCCUCGAACAGAGCAAUUUGCCCUCGGUUCCUUGUAUUACUUGAUAAACUACGGCUACGAGGUUUAUGGCGAUCGAUGUCUCACGGAUGAUCCUAAGGAGCAUGGGCCUAAGGUUGUGGAUUUGCUACAGAAUAUGGAAUUCCCGGAGUUGGAUGGUGACCCUCUUAUUGACGGUAUCAUCCACAAAUGUUGGCACAAUAAGUAUGCCACGGUUUCUGAUCUGGCCGCAUACACAAAAACGCUUCUCCCUGAAAGAACCAAAGAAGAGAGCAACACCGGAAUGAUCUCUAUCCCCGGAUGGUGCCUGCCUAUAGGCCGCAUGAUUCGUGGGUUAUGGAGCGCUUUCAGAUACUGGUGCGCGCUGAUGCUCUGUCGCAACGGCGAGGCAGCCAACACCGAAGUCAAUAGCGGAAAACCGAGUGGCCACCGCUGUGGCUUGGAUGAAAACUUCCCGGCCGAAGAUUUCUCUUCGAGAAAAGCAUACUGUCAGGGCCUGGAGAAGCGUGGACUUCUUGAUAUCCUUUCAUCGUCAGAGCCCGAGCAACUCGGAUUCACUCUUGAGUGGUAUAGGCACAGUUGCCAUGGUUAA